UUUGUCCUGCAGUACUGAAGAACAUGGGCCUACAUAUCAAAUAAGAGCGUAAUACUGACCUAUUGUUCAGGGAAGUACGAUAAACUUGCCAAGACGAGUGAUGCACACUAGUGAUGGCUGUGUAUCUGUGUCAUGACGUAAGCGAGGGACUUAAGUUAUCCACAGAGACGGCAAACAGUAGCAGUAAUAGUGCUUCGUGUUCGUGUUAGUGAUGAAGGCAGCCACAGAGUCGAGUGAUGGCGGCGCAGCGACCAAGGGACAAAAAUGGCUCCGACCCGCCACGGACAAGGAGGAGUACUUUGAAAUAGGUCACCGAAACAACUACGGCCAGACUUUCUUCGGCAUUGAGCUGACCUCCUCCAGGCCACUCGGGGAGGACUUAGUCAAACGUGCUCUGGUACAUCUUUAUUGGAAGGUGCCUGUGCUGCGGCUGUGCCUGGGGCGGCGAGAUGGGAGGCUGUGGCUGCGGGAGAUGGACAGUUGUAUUCUGGACUUCAAGGUAGUGAAGGACGGGGUGGAGGAGGACGAGCAACAAAAAUUGAUAGAGCACAUCUUCAACACUGCCGAGGGUCCCAUGUGGUGUGCCAGGUUCCUGCCUGCGGCGGGAGGCCAGGGGGGCGUGCUGCUGCUGGGCGUCCACCAUACGGCGACUGAUGGCCUCUCCAACAUUAAGAUUUGUCACUUCUUGCAUACCAUUUUGGAUGACUUGACCGCCGAGCGACGCGUUGAUGACGCCGAGCAACUCGCCGACCACGUGGGGGACGAGGAGGCACGGCUGCUGUACGAGAGAGAGAGACAGCGGCUCUUACAUGACCCAGACCUGUACAGGAGGCGUAAAGAGGAAUUAAUGGCGGCAACCAAAGUCCCUCCUCCUAUUUUAUCUGUUCUUUCUUUCCCAAGAAAUGAAGUUGCUACAACACGCUCAGUCAAGCUGGUUUUGGACGAACCCGCGACACAGGCCUUUCGUCAAAUAUGCCAGGCUGAGGGCGUCAGCCUGCACUGUGCCCUGACCGGCGUGGUGAAUGUUGCUAUGCUGGGAAUCCUCGAGGCUCUGCCCAACACACCGCCGGAACAUAACUUUGUGUGCAGUCACGACAUUAAUUUGAGACGUUACUAUGAGGGUGAUACAUCUCGCAUCCUUGGAGUGCACAUUGCAACGUUCUCCUAUAAGAUGUCUCUCGUAACUCCCAAAGACGUAAUGCACAAGUUCUGGCCUUACGUUCUGGAGCUCCAUGGAAGAUUGCGCGAAGAUCUAAAGGACAGGGCACCGCUGCAGGCAGUCGCCCUCAGACUCAUGGAGAGAUCCAAGGACGACAACUUCAAAGAAUGCUUCAGUAGCACGGCUGAUCCUGAGUACUGCUAUGCAAUAUCCAACGUUGGAGACGUAACCAGUACGCUUCCAGGCAAUGGUGACUUCGUGCAGGUCACCAAUCUAACAUGGUGUGCGUCACUUCGAAGGUUGGUUAGCCUUAUGUGCUUCAAUGUUCACACUUUCCGGGGUAAACUGAACAUUAACCUCGCCUACUCGACACACUUCAUGGGGCGCGACACAGCACAACAGAUAGUGAACAAUAUGCAUGACGUCAUUACGAGUCUGUCAACGAAGGAUCAUGGCGGCAGGGAGUAGUGGGAUGUGUAGGAGAGCCUGGAGUCACCUUUGUAGAUUGACGCACUUCACUUUCUUGUGUUACUACUGAUUUUUAUUUUGGUCUGUGGAGCGGCCAUUUUUCCUUCUUGAGACUGGAUCCUGUUGUCUUUCGCUAGUAAUCUUAUUAGGUUUACUACUACUACUACUACUAUUACUACUACUACUACUACUACUACUACUACUACUACUACUACUACUACUACUACUACUACAGUUCAUAAGUGUCAAUGGUGUCAGACUGUAAGCCAUAAUCUCUUACUCGUGGGCAUUUUUAAUCUUUAGUGUAUGAAAAGUCAGUAGAAACAUGAUUAUAAAAGUCAGUUCGAUAGCUAAUGUUGGUAAAGUCAACAGUUCUUUGUAUUUCUUCUUUGGAUGAGGAAGUUUUCGGAAAAGUAAAUAUUAGUGGUUUUCUUCCUACAUUGGAAAGAAAGACAGACUUCACUCUUUGUUUCCAUGAGCAUAAUUUUGAUUAAGAAGUAAGCACUGCCAAAAUAAACAGAAUUCCAAUCUUAUGAGUUUCUAUGUUCUUUUUAGUGUAGCAUGGAAACCACUAACAUUAACUUUUUCGAAAACUUCCUGAUGCAAAGAAGAAAUGCAGAGCUCUGUUGGCUUUGAGGGGAGGCGCCGCGAGUUAUUUAGAGGGAAACAUUAUUAUUAUUUUUUUUUUUUUCGGAUUCGUAUGAAAUUUGGUGUGCAUUUGUAUGUACAUCUGACACAUUAAAUUCCCAGUUUCACUAAGAUACGAUAAAUAGUUUGUCAGAAAAAAAAGUCAAAA